CGUUGUCCAAUAUCACUACAUGUUGUUUAGCCAAGUGCAGCUGCAGUGACUUUAGAAACAGUUUUGGGCUGACAAAUGACUGGUUACCGGCCUUAUCCUGCCUUAAUUCAAUGCAGGAUAAUAGAUAAAGUCUUAUCAAAAAGUUUAUUUUAAAAACAAGAUAGUAUGGCAGAUGUAUUUGUGUUGAACUCUUGCCAAAGCCAAACGCACAGCCUUCCAAAGCUCCCCUAGCUUUAACUUUGUGGAGGAUUCCUCUGCGGUGGGUGUGAGUCGCCCACCCCACCAAACGGUGCGUGGCCAUGGGGUCCCUAUAAGUACAGUGUAAAAAACGGAACCACAGUCAGUGAGCGGUGACGACGAGCGAGGACCAGUCGCUGCACUUACGAGGCGCGAAGGACCCAAAAACGACACAGCCCGACAUGGAGAUGCCCGCCAAACUUCUCCUCCGCAUCGUGGUGAUCUCCGCGCUGGUCGCUUGCAGCCCCACGGAGGCGUGGUACAAGCAGGUGGCCGGUCCGAGCUACUACUCCGUGGGCAGGGCGUCCGGCUUGCUGUCCGGCAUCCGGAGGUCACCGUACGUCAGGAGAGCAGAGCAGGAGCCGUCCGACAGCGCGGAGUCCGCGUUCACUGCGCACAAUUCCAUCCUGAAGACGAUGCCCGUUUGUAUCAAAGACAUUACUCCAAUCUUGCAGAGCUGUGAACUCGUCCAGGAAAUCAAGGGUUCGUUCAAGUGUAAAGCGGACGUCUUCCUCUCUCUGGACUCCACAGACUGUGCAGGACUGAGCAGUGAAGCCAACAGCUGGGACGGGGGGAUGAAGCCUACUUCUUGGGACGCGUGACAUUUGAAAACUGUACAUUGAGUUAAACACAGGUGUUGCACUACAAUGGAAGAUGUACUGCAUUUCAUUUACCAUCUCACCAAUUCAUUUUAGAAUUUUGAUGAUAAAAACCUGUAUGUAAAAGUAAUGCAUUAAUGUAUAUAUUUGAUCUGAGUUUCCAUUAAUAAAUGAAUCAUGUUGCAACCCCUUGCUGAAUUUA